CCUAAGAUUAUAUCCUGUCCGUUGGUUCAUCUUGCGCUGAUCUCUUAUAACUCUCAACAGCCAGCACACACCUUUCCAAUUGAAAGCCAAACACAUUCCGUCUCUCAUUCCUCUCUCUUGAGGAUCUAGGGUUUAACGAAGAAAACUCUCUCUCAGAUCUGGUAUCGAAGUAAAACAUUGUCGUCGCUAUGGCUCCUCUUAUGUUAUAUGGGCCGCUCCCAAAUAAGAAUGCCUUCAAGGCACUGAUUGCUGCGGAAUACAGUGGUGUUGAUGUUGAAGUUGUCAAGGAUUUUGAAUGGGGUGUCAUGAAUAAGAGUCCUGAGUUUCUUAAGAUGAACCCAAUUGGAAAGGUUCCUGUUCUUGAAACUCCAGAUGGACCUGUUUUUGAGAGUAAUGCCAUAGCACGUUAUGUUGCUCGCUUGAAGGAAGGCAACCCUCUCUUUGGUUCGUCCUUGGUUGAAUAUGGUCAUAUUGAGCAAUGGAUUGAUUUUUCGUCUUUGGAGGUCGAUUCUAAUUUAUCACGUUGGAUGUAUCCACGAUUGGGUUAUAUGCCAUUUGUGCCACAGAUUGAGGAACCUGCCAUUGCUGGCCUAAAGAGAGCAUUAGCUGCUCUGGACUCAUAUCUUGCUUCAAACACUUAUCUGGUCGGACACUGUGUCACACUUGCUGACAUAAUCAUGACAUGCAAUUUGUCUAUGGGCUGGAGUGUUAUCUUGACCAAAAACUUUACCAAGGACUUCCCCCAUGUUGAAAGAUACUUCUGGACCAUGGUUAACCAACCAAAUGUCGUGAAAGUGUUGGGUGAGGUAAAGCAGGCAGAAUCUAUUCCACCAGUUCCAUCUGCUAAGGUUGCUGCUCAGCCUAAAGAAGCUGCAAAGCCCAAGGCAAAAAGUGAACCAAAGAAGGAGCCUAGCAAGCCUAAAGCAGAAGAAGUCCCUGAGCAGGAUGAGGCACCAAAGCCUAAGGCAAAGAAUCCUCUCGAUUCACUCCCCCCUAGUACGAUGAUAUUGGAUGAGUGGAAGAGACUCUACUCGAACACCAAAACUAAUUUCCGAGAGGUAGCUAUUAAAGGGUUUUGGGACAUGUACGAUCCAGAAGGUUACUCUCUAUGGUUCUGCGACUACAAAUACAAUGACGAGAACCUUGUUUCUUUCGUCACAUUGAACAAGGUCGGUGGUUUUCUGCAACGUAUGGAUUUAGCUCGUAAGUAUGCAUUUGGGAAGAUGCUUAUCAUUGGUACAGAGGCACCUUUCAAGGUGAAGGGAUUGUGGUUGUUCCGUGGGCCAGAGAUACCCCAGUUCAUUAUGGAUGAAUGCUAUGACAUGGAACUCUACGAGUGGACAAAGGUUGAUAUAUCUGAUGAAAACCAGAAGGAAAAGGUGAAUCAAAUGAUAGAAGAUCAAGAACCUUUCGAGGGCGAAGCACUUUUGGAUGCCAAGUGUUUCAAGUGAUGACCUUUUUAUGAUUUUUCUGCACUGAUUAUCUUAUGUUUUUUCAAACCUGGCAUUUCCAGGAUAGAAAUUGGGUUGGGUUAUAUGUUUUUGGUAUGGAAAGAGUAGACAAUUUUCCAGUGGGAUUAUUAAGUAGUAUGCUCGCUUGCAAAACUAAUCAAUCUAUAAUGUUUUGAUACAAUGCGAUCUAUAAUGUUUUGAUACAAUGCAAUAUAUCUAGGUGAUUAUCAAA